CAGCAUUCGUCGACAUUCUUGGUAAAUAAUAGUCUAUGGUUGAUCUAGCGAAACAGAACCGAAUAGUGAGGCGACACGUUCGCUUUGUGUGUCCAAAAGUUAUACUAUAAUAACUAUAAUUAUAAUUAUAAUAACAACAGCAAUAACAAAAACUCUUAUAAGGUGAUUCACGAUGGCCGAAAAUUUGGAAAAUAUUAAUCCGAAGCUCUAUAAAAAAUUGGAUGAGAGAAAAAUUACAUUCGAAGAGCAAGAUGAAGAUACUGUUGAUGAAUUUGAUGCUAGAGAAGUUUUUGAUUUAAUUAGGAAUAUCAAUGACCCAGAACAUCCACUAACUUUGGAGGAAUUAAAUGUAGUGGAACAGAGUCUCAUCCAGGUUGACAAUAAGAAAAAUACAGUAGAUGUAAAAUUCACACCCACUAUUCCUCAUUGCAGUAUGGCUACUUUAAUAGGAUUAUCCAUUCGUGUGCAAUUGUUGCGCACCUUACCUGUUAGGUUCAAGGUGAGCGUAGAAAUCUCUCCUGGUACGCAUGUCUCAGAAGCAUCAUUGAACAAGCAACUGGCUGAUAAGGAAAGAGUAGCUGCUGCCAUAGAGAAUUCCAUGCUGCUUGGGCUGCUCAAUCAGUGUUUGAUGCCAAAAAAUUAGUGUGCCGUAGAACUGUGAAAUUGUGAGACAAUGACAUAUGUGUACAUAAUGUAUAUCUGUUGUUGUGUGUGCGUAUAUAUAUAUAUAUAUAAUCAUGAAACAGAUUUUAUUUUUCAAAGCAUAAAUAGUAGACAGAGAACAACACUAUGCAGUGUUACUUGUAAAUAAUAAUUAAUAUUCGUAGAUAAAUAUUUAAUAUUUAAUAUUCAUAGAUAAUAUUGGAGAAGAUUAUUUCCCUCCUUAACUUUCUCUUUCACAGGCUCUAUGUAUAUGUUGCUUUUCA